CAACACGAAGCUGCAUUAAAAGGCGUCCGGCGGGUGGAGACCAGAGCAGCGCACAAGCAGCAACGCCAACGCCAACCCAACCCAACCCUAACCCGAUCUCACCGAGGACACACAGACACCAGACCACCGGAGCGGACCAAGUACGAGCAUGGGCGGCGCCGCGGAGGAGGCGUUGCGGCGGGAGUACGUGGUCGGCGAGGAGAUCGGGCGCGGCCGGUUCGGGACGGUCCGCCGCUGCUACGCCGCCGCCACGGGGGAGCCGUUCGCGCUCAAGACGACGCCCAAGGCGGCGCUGCGGGCGGACCCGCUGGACCUGGCGCUGGCGGAGCAGGAGCCCAAGGUGCACCACCUGGCGUCUGCCGCCAGCCGCCACGUGGUCGCGCUGCACGCCGCCUUCGUGGACGCCGACGCCGUGCACCUGGUGCUGGACCUGUGCGCGGGCGGGGACCUGUUCGCGCUCGUCUCCGCGCGGGGCGCGCUCCCGGAGCCCGAGGCGGCGGAGCUGAUGGCGCAGCUCGCCGACGCGCUCGCCGGCUGCCACCGCCGCGGGGUCGCGCACCGCGACGUCAAGCCCGACAACCUCCUCUUCGACGCCGCCGCCGGCGGCGCGCUCAGGCUCGGGGACUUCGGCUCCGCCGCCUGGUUCGGGGACGGCAGGCCCAUGACGGGGCUGGUCGGGACGCCCUACUACGUCGCGCCCGAGGUGGUGGCCGGCAGGGAGUACACCGAGAAGGUGGACGUCUGGAGCGCCGGGGUCGUGCUCUACAUGAUGCUCUCCGGGACCGUGCCCUUCUCCGGCGCCACCGCGGGGGAGAUCUUCCAGGCCGUGCUCCGCGGGAACCUGCGCUUCCCUCCGCGCGCCUUCGCCGCCGUCUCGCCCGAGGCCAAGGACCUCCUGCGCCGCAUGCUCUGCAGGGACGUCUGGCGCAGGCUCUCCGCCGAGCAAGUCCUGAGUCACCCAUGGAUUGUGACUCGCGGCGGAAGUGUGCCUGGCGGUAGACUGGUUUAGAUGCUCCGCGCCGCAUCCGAUGAAUCUCCAUCCGAAGUGUACAUAGUGGCGUCCUCCAUCCAAUCCAAGAGGAGUAGAGAAGGACCUUUUGCUGUUGAUCUCUUCGCUAUGGUUCUGGCAAAUGAUCGUGAAUUUGGACACUAGUGCUGUAGUUGGUUACCAGUAGCACGCAGAAAGAAGUAAUCGUUAGGCUAAGCAGGGAUUUAGGAGGGCUGCCUCUUCCUGGGUUUGCUCUGUUCUGCAGUAAUCCUGUGCUCGUCUUAGCUUGUUUGCAUUGCAACCCAAACCCAUGUAUGUGUAUAGCACAGCCUUCUUAUGGCUGAGGAAGAGACGACUAGCUCUGUUCAGGAGAAAAUGCUUCCGGGUU